CAGUUCACCCGUGCCAUGUCUCAAGUAAACGGCACAUAUAGUCUGGAGGAAAAUCCAACGGACUGCUGUCCCACCGUCGCAGGGUGAUACAUAAGCCUGGUAACAGCGCGACCAUCCGUCUGUUCUUCUCGCUCGCGUCCUCUUCUAUCGGCGUUCCUGGUGGUGACGACCGCAGUUCAAUAUGCAGUUCAUUAAGAACUUGACACAAGGCUUUCCGACAAUCACUGGCAUACGAUGGUUCAACCUUUCUGUCCUUGUUAUUACACCCGCCCUUUCCCUGUACGGCUUGCUAUAUGCUUCCAUCUAUCGGAACACUGUCGUCUGCACGGUCCUCUAUUACAUUUAUUCCAUGCUUGGUAUCACUGCUGGAUACCACCGGCUUUGGUCACACAGGUCGUAUAACGCUUCGUUCCCUUUGCAGGUAUUCCUCAUCCUUGCUGGGGCAAGCGCGGUGCAAGGCUCGUGUUACUGGUGGGCACGCCGACACCGUUCUCACCACAGGCAUACCGACACGGACUUUGACCCUUACAACUCGGAACGUGGCCUCCUCUGGACGCACAUCGGAUGGAUCAUCUUCGAGUCAGAGUUGAAACCAGGGCCAGCUGAUACUUCUGACUUGCGUCAAGACCCUCUGGUACAGUGGCAACACCGCUGGUACUUCGUCAUCCUCACUAUUUUCGGAUAUUUGCUUCCAAUGGUCAUUCCGGGUCUGUUAUGGGGAGACUGGCAAGGCGGAUUCUUUUUUGUCGGUGCCCUUCGCAUGACCGCGUGCCAUCACAGCACUUUUUGCAUCAACUCUAUCGCUCACUAUCUCGGAAGCACGCCAUACGAUGACAAGCACUCGCCGCGCGACCACCUUGUGUCUGCUAUCCUUACGAUGGGGGAAGGGUACCAUAACUUCCACCAUCAGUUUCCCAUGGACUACAGGAAUGCAUUCCGAUGGUACCAGUAUGACCCUACCAAGUGGUUCAUCGCCGCGUGCCAUUACCUCGGUCUCGCCUCCCAUCUCCGUGUUUUCCCUAGCAACGAAAUUGAAAAGGGCGCACUCACGAUGAAGCUCAAGGUUCUCAAGGACGUCCAGGACUCAAUUAAAUGGCCUGUGUCCCCGCAGGAAUUGCCCGUGGUAACGUGGGAGACAUACCAGAAAGAGUCACAGUCUCGAACCCUUCUCCUCAUCUCAGGGUUCAUUCACGACGCGUCCUUGUUCCUUGAUAUCCAUCCGGGAGGAGCCACUUUACUCACGCGAAACUCUGGGAAAGACAUGACAGCCUCCUUUUUCGGUGGUGUCUAUGCCCACUCUCACGCAGCGCAUAACCUCCUUGCAAUGAUGCGCGUGGGCAUCCUGGCGGGUGGUGUUGAGGCGCCAGCCGAGCAUGCCAUCCCGCCCAGUCAGCGACUCGUUAUUCGUACUAAUGCCUCCCACUGACACAGCUGUGUUACCCAUCGGUCUCCAUGUGUCUGGUUCGUUAGAUAUUCCUCCAACAAUCAACUUGUGUAUCAAUGUGAUCCUUCAGCCCAAAAAACUACGAAUAUCUAUAGCAUAAAUCUUUGAAAUUUGUAGCUC